UAAAAUCAUUACUUAAUUUGACAGUUUCAGUCCCAUAAGUUCAAAAUAUUUGCAAAAUGAGUAAAACAGGGUAUGCCGAAGAGCCACUUCAGCUUAAAAAAGUUAAAAUAGUUAACAAUCAUGAAAAGGAACCACCGAGAAAGGAAAACGUCUCGUUAAGAGAAAAACUGUGGAAUUUCGUGACAGUCAGCGGCAAAAAUCCGGACACAAUUAAGUUUUUUAACAGCGAAUUGAAAAUAGAAGCAGAAAAGCAAAGACAUUGGGACAAUUUUCGUUACGCAAUUCAUCCUCUUAAUGUUAACCAAGAGUUCUAUCGUAUAGAAAUUGUUGAAGAGCAACUUUUUAAUUUAAUAAAGUAUGUUACCGGAAAAGCUCUGGUCAUUUCGGUUUGGAUGGUAACUCUGGCAAUUUUUAUGUCAACAAUGACACUAGACAUCAAGUUUGAAGAAAUUAUAACCGAGUUAAAAGAAUAUAUGGUUUCUAAACAACUACCAGAGGAGCUUAAGAUAAGAAUGGUCAGCUAUUACAAAUUUAAAUAUCACAAAGCGUAUGUUAACGAAAAAUAUAUAAGAUCAAUAUUUUCUACUAAUCUGAAGCGAGAAAUGGACGUUUUUCUUUAUAAGUCUUUAAUCAAUCAAGUAUCAAUAUUUUCCCACAUAUCACCAAAGAACAUGCAACUAAUAACAGCUAAUUUGGUGCCGGAAAUAUAUCUUCCAUCCGACUUAAUCAUCCAAUCGGGUACUCACGGUGACUGUAUGUACUUCAUUGAGAGCGGAACCGUAGCAGUUUUCACCCCAUCUGGUAAAGAAAUUUGUCAUUUACACGACGGAGAUUACUUCGGAGAAGUUUCAUUAUUAUCCGUCAGUAAGAAGAGGACAGCGAGCGUCGUAGCAAUAGAAGCCACCAGAAUCUAUAAAUUAAGAAACAAAGUGUUUCAUACGUGUUUCAAAAAAACCGAGCAAGCCUAUCAACUUAUUCGCGAGAUGGCAAAGAAAAGAAUUUUACAAACCGAUGACUUGGAGCGGCUUUUUAAGAAGGAUAAGUUAGAGCAACAAUAUUUGGAGAAUUUUAGGGAGUAGCGAGGAGUUUUUUUAUUAUUAUUCCAUAGAUUGAUUUCAUUAUUUUAAAUUUUAUAAUUGUUGUUGUCACUGAUUUUUUGAAUGUAAGUGAUAAUGUUAUAGGAAACCUUAAUAUAUUUAAUUUUGUAUUUUAAUAAAAUGAAAUCGUAUUGACAAACUA